GCUCCGUUCUUUUCUUUGUCGACUUCGUUGUUGACCUGUUCACUGUGCUUUCCCUGGUUGUCUCUCAUUCUCUCGCGGUCGACACAGUGGCAGGCGUUCAUCUUCUUUCCUUUAUUCCCCACUCAUCAUCAUCAUGAACGCCCGCCCCCACAAACAAUCCAUGUCGGAGCUGAAGCUUCGCAGGCUGACAGAACAUAAUCAGCGCUUGCGGGAAGAUCUAGCAAGGCCUCGGGUUCGCGUCAGUGAGGCCAGUACAAGUCUCAUUCGAUACUGCAAGACAACAAAAGAUCACCUUGUACCGUCGGUGUGGGGUCCUGUUGGAAAGAACGAGGACCCAUACGCGCCACCAGCGCAAGGCUGCAAUUGCGUGAUAAUGUGAUCACUUCCGGGACGCCUUCUUACACGGAUUCGACCAUUGGAGAUGUGGUUGACUGGACGGACAUUAUGUCUAAUUUCGCUGACACUUCCGUUCCGUCAAGCUGUCGACUCCAGACCUCAUACGAUACCUCGAUUACCUCACACACGCUCUUUUUACUCAAGUGAUACUCCCGUUAACCUUCGCCAACCCAGGAGGCAUGCUUUUGAAUUAUUUUAUUAACGUAUUCCCGGCUGUUGGAUUUCGAUUUUGCUCAUCUAUCUCGUGAACUGUUCAUUCGUCCGGUGGACACUAAUAGCUUAUACCUUUUCCAUACUUAGUGUUGGGUUGAUAGACGUAGAAAUCCUUGUACUGAUAUCCUUACCAAUCACCGUUCUGCCCAUCCUUGGAUUCC